CGGGCUGUGUUCCCAUUCUGCCCUUGAAACACGGAGAUUUAUAUUUUGGGACCCUUCCCACUCCUCUCCGGGCAAUCGAAGUUGUAGUCUUCAUCCAUCCGCUUGGAUCUCAGCUCGGCAAAGUUAUCUUCUCAAGCCUUCUCUUUUCUAUCUUCCGGAUAAGAGAUAAGAAGUUAUAACUUUUGGAUAUGGGUGCCAAUGAUAAUUAGUACAAUGAUCCUAUUGCCGACCGGCUUCAGGAUUAGUGGGAAACUGAUUGAUGGGUACACCAUCUAAUUCUAAUAUUCACCACCAAUCUUCUUUGAAAAUGCUGCCUCCCCGUCAGCACCCAAGGCCUGGAGGACUACAAACCUCACUAUCCCUUGUCUCUUCAGAUGCCCGCCUCUCCCCAGAGGAACCCAGAUCGCAUUCUGAUCAAAUUCGUGAAUCCCCAACCGAGAGUGCUAGUUCUCGAGAAACUUGGCCCACUGCCGAUGCCAUCAUGGCAAAGAAGAUGAUGGAAAAUGGGAAAGCUGAAAAUGAUUGUCCUGCGCAAUCAGUCAUUCGCCGAGUUUCUAUUGCAGAUAAGAUAUCUCUUCGGGACAUAGCAAGAGAGAGAGUUGAUAUUAUUUCUGAAAAGAUGCAUCAUUUACCUGAUGAGGUUCUAGAAGAGUUGAAAAAUGGACUCCGAAUUAUCCUUGAAGGCAAUGGUGGUUCACAGCAAAGAGAAGAAUUUUUAAUGUUGCAGAAGCUUCUCCAGAGCAGAACUGAUUUAACCGCAAAGACAUUGAUUAGAGCUCACAGAGUACAGCUCGAAAUUCUUGUUUCAAUAAACACUGGUAUUCAGGCAUUCUUGCAUCCUAGUAUCAGUCUCUCUCAGACUUCACUGAUUGAGAUAUUUGUCUACAAGAAAUGCAGAAAUAUAGUAUGCCAAAACCAGCUCCCAGCCGAUGACUGUACAUGUGAUGUAUGCAUUAACAGAAAUGGUUUCUGCAAUCUUUGCAUGUGUGUAAUCUGUAACAAGUUUGAUUUCGAGGUAAAUACCUGCAGAUGGAUUGGGUGUGACUUGUGUUCUCAUUGGACUCAUACAGAUUGUGCUAUUCGUGAUGGACUCAUUAGUAUGGGUCCUUCUGUUAAGAGUGGAGCAGGUCUAUCUGAGAUGGUUUUCAGGUGCAAGGCAUGCAAUCGGACAUCUGAGCUUCUUGGUUGGGUUAAAGAUGUUUUCCACAACUGUGCACCAGCCUGGGAGCGGGAGGCUCUGAUGAGGGAACUUGAUUUUGUUAGUAGGAUCUUUCACGGAAGUGACGACCCUCGAGGGAUUAAACUCUUUUUGAAGUGUGAGGAUCUCAAAGAAAAAAUGAAGAGUGGAUUAGAGUCAUUGGCAGCUUGCCGGGCAAUUUUAAUGUUUUUCCAAGAGCUUGAGGUGGACGGUUCGAAGAGUAUGGAAAAUGGGGAAGGUGGACGGAUGAUUGCCCCACAGGAGGCAUGCAAUCGUAUUGCUGAGGUGGUGCAGGAAGCCGUAAGGAAGAUGGAAAUGGUGGCUGAUGAGAAGAUGAGAAUGUUUAAGAAAGCCCGCAUGGCUUUUGAUGCUUGUGACCGUGAGCUUGAGGACAAGGCAAGGGAGGUAAAAGAACUGAAGCUGGAAAGGCAGAAAAAGGAACUGCAGGUCGAAGAGCUGGAGAAAUUUGUGAGGCUUAAACAGGCAGAAGCUGAUAUGUUCCAACUCAAGGCCAAUGAGGCAAAACGAGAAGCUGAGAGGCUUCAGAGGAUUGCUCUUGCCAAGUCUGACAAAUCAGAGGAAGAAUAUGCGAGCAGUUACCUGAAACAACGGUUAAAUGAGGCUGAGGCUGAGAAGCAGUUACUGUUUCAGAGGAUUAAGCUGCAAGAGAGUUCUCGUGCAUCACAGAGCAGUGGUGGGGGUGACCCUUCUCAGAUGCUGAUGUAUUCCAAAAUCCAAGAUCUAAUUUACAAUGCCCCACCUAAGUCCAACGGCCAGCCAAAUGAACGUCACCCUCUCAGGACAAAUCCGUAAGGAGUGGUUUGUAGUAUGUUGCUAACUUCACCAUAUAAUUAUUGAAAUCACUUUGUUGCUACGCUAAUGUGGAUGAAUUGCUGUUUGGUUGUGUGUGAUAUUUGAACAAUUUUAUCUGUCUAAGGUGAGCAUACUACUAAAAAUCUAUUUGGAACUAAAUGCCGACUCUUCCAUUGGUAUAUCUAUGUACAAAUGCUUUGGUGACCACACCAUGGUGCUGGUGCUGCAGUAUGUAUAUGAAAUGAGAUGAACUAAAUUUAUAGAUAUUAUACUGCUUUUUAAAA